AUGUGUGGUAGGUUUGCCUUAGCUUAUGACAGUGGAGAUUUGCCCGUGCUUCUAAGAGAGUGGAAUUUACCAGUAAAUCCACCCAAGGACGCCUCAUCGAUUGACCAGCGUCCACAUGACACGGAAGAUACCAAAGACCACGCUACCGUUAGCAAGGAUAUAUUCAAGGCUUCUUAUAAUGUAUCGCCUACAAAUUAUUCUGCAGUAUAUCGUCCUGAUGUUAAAGCAGUACAAUAUAUGAGAUGGGGCCUUGUACCCUUCUGGACUAAGGAUGCUUCACAAUUCAAGACUUAUCGUACUUUUAAUGCCCGCUUAGAAAAUUUACAAAAGAGCAAAAUGUGGAUGAGACCCUGUGAGAAGAAAAGGUGUGCUGUACUUAUGAGCGGAUAUUUUGAAUGGAAAACUGUAGGGAAAAAGAAGACGCCUUAUUUCAUUUCUAGACGAGACGGUAAGUUGAUGUUUGUAGCAGGGAUGUAUGAUUACGUGGAAAAGGAUGACCUAUAUACAUUCACCAUAAUAACCGCACAGGGCCCCAAAGAAUUAGAAUGGCUGCACGAAAGAAUGCCCUGCGUGCUGGAACCAGGCACUAAGAGUUGGGAUGCAUGGAUGAAUGUGGACAAGACGGAAUGGAGCACUGAGGAGCUGGUAAAGCUACUAAAGCCGGAGUAUGACGAGUCAAAGUUACAAUUCUAUCAGGUUACCGAUGACGUAGGGAAGACUACCAAUACUGGAGAACGGUUGAUAAAACCGCUUUUGAAAGAAGAUUCAGACAUGUUCAGCGUGAAGGCAGAAAAAAAGAAAACCUUGUUCAAAACUGACAUCGAACAGGGUGUUGAUAAUCGUAGUGGAAAAGGCAGUGAAUCGGUGAAAGGUGGAGAUACUCUUAAUCAAAAGAAAAACCUGAAAGAAAAUUUCUACGAUGAAUUAAAGAAGAACGAGGAACAAGAGGAAUCAAUUUCAUCAGGCGAAGGAAGCAUAGGUGAUCGAGUGAAGAAGGAAGAAACUAGUGUGUCACCUAAAAGAGAGGGAGGCGAAAAGAAGAGAAAUAUAGUAAAUAUGUUGGGAAACCAAAAGGACUCAAGAGGCAAGAAAAAAAUAAAGAAGUGA